AUGCCAGCUUCGACAACACCAUCUCUAGCAUCAAGGCAACGACCGACGCCCUACAGCAUUCCUGCAUCGGCAUCCACAUCUGAAUUCAUUCCCUCCCCUUCUCAAGCCAACUUCAGACUCAUAGGCCACCACAGCUGUUCAUUGGCAUCUCUUGGCGACUCCGAUCAAACUGCUGUUCUCCAGAAAGCCUUACAGGUAGCUAAGGCUUUCGUAUGGUCUCCUCUAGGGUUGGACAUCACCCAUGCCGCCCUUAUGUGUAACGAGCCGCCCAGAGAAAAAGGUGCACCUGCUGUACCCAUGUACGACUGGACCACAGCUACUCUUCAUCCCGAUAAAAUGAAAUCGCUGGAAGACUUUAAAAGCAGUACCGAACUUGAGACAGUGGUGAACACAAAAACGAAAGAUUACGCCUUCGUUGAUACCGAUGAACCAACCACUAUACACAUACAAUACGCACUCGUAGCUGCAGGUGGCAAGGCAUAUUCUCUUAGAGAAGCUCACCCAGACGUUGCGGCAGGACAUAUCCUUUUUUUAGCCGUGACCUUAGCUCACGAACUACAACAUGUAAUCAGACUAGCAUCGCUCGGCCUCUUACACGAUACACCGCCUUCUUUAUGGGACUUGAUGCAUAGUCGCCCUGCCGUUCUGAAGGAGAAGGACGAGAAGGAUCAGGAAAUAACGAAAGAGGUCAUUUGGGGGGAGGGUGAGUAUUACUUCGAGACAGCCUUUCUUGGCGGAAGAUUAGAUGCGUACUUGAAGGAUCAUCCUCUUUUCGAAGAUCAAAUAGAUUACCUGGGGAUCAGCUUUAUGCAAGGCGGUAAACGAUACUCCUUACAGAUCCCCCCGAUCUUCAUUCGUCAAUUGGUUGAUACACCGGAACAAUGCGCUGAUAUCUUACCAUUGACGAGACAUCGUUCUAAGGCCAUAGAGGGCUAUCUAUCCGGAGACCGUCUACGAGAACGAGAACCAGAGCCGCAAGUUGCCACACGACGAAUCGUGAAUCCGAAUUACUUCGUCAACAUCUCGCCCUCACCAUCCCCUAAGAAAGCCAAAGCACCUCAACAUUUCACGAACUUCGAAGACAAAUUGGCAUAUAUGGAGGAAUUGAAAGUACAACACAGGAAAUUUGCCCCUGAUCAAAGCUUGCCUGUAAUUGAGUUCGACGGUCUCUCUGACGACCGAUGUGGCACAAAGCGAUUGAUCGUAGGACGAACAUAG